AUGGCGGUCCAGAGAGCAGAUAGAGCCUAUACCGCCAACGACAGGCUGUGUAGCUGUCAUUUUAAGGAUGGUGUAAAGGAAAAUGGACCAACAAUUUUUGCUUAUAGCAAAAAUCUUGGUUGCUUUCCAGACCAUUCUAAGCCAAAAAGACUUAGACUUGUUGAAGGAGAAAUAGAAGAGAAAGCAAAAUCAAACCAUGAACACUGUAAUGAUGCUCCAGAUUCCUUUGAAGAUAGAACAGGUCCUGUGGAAACAUUGUCCAAAGAUGUGCAAGGCAGCAACACUGAUCAUGAUCACUGCUAUGCUGUUUCUUUACCGGAGACAUCAGAGGAAAGUGUAAAUGAUUUGGAAGAAAAAGUCAAAGACCUCCAAAGAGAAUUAGAAUCUCUAAGAUUAAGAAAACAACCUUUUACCAUAAGAAACAUAAUACAAGACCCAGACAAGAUGCUAUUAUAUACAUCAUUUCCCACCGAGGUAUUCAAUGUGUUGGUCAAUGUUUUGGAGAGGAUGCGUCCAUUUAACUAUUUCAGUGGAUGGACAGUACAAGGAUUUAGUACCAGUGACCAACUCCUUAUGACCCUUAUGAAAUUGCGUCUGAAUCUCAGGGAUCUAGAUUUGGCGGAAAGAUUCAACACCAGCAAAUCUACAGUAUCCAAUAUCUUCAAUACAUAUGUUGCAGCGCUUCAUGAAAUUCUAUUCGAAGGAGUGAUGAAAACUGUAGGAAUACCUUCCCAGUUAAAGUGCAAAGGAUCAAUGCCAAAAUCAUUCGAGGAGUUCUCCUCGGCAAGAAUCGCUAUGGAUGCCACAGAGAUUACCCAGGAUGUACCCUCAAAUAUGAACAGCCAGUCCUUAUCUUAUAGCAACUAUAAAAGUCGCCAUACAGCAAAGGCUGUUACUUGUGUAGCACCAAACGGGGCACUUGUGUAUUGUUCCGAACUCUAUCCUGGUUCCACCUCUGAUGCUGCCAUAGUCGAUCAUUGUGGAGUUUUGGAUAUGUUAAAGCCAGGUGACAUGAUCCUUGCAGAUAAGGGGUUUAACAUUUUCGACAAACUUCCAUCAGGUGUAACAUUAAACAUACCACCUUUCCUUUCAUCAAAAUCUCAUUUUACAAAGGAAGAAGCACAGUUAUGUUACAAGAUUGGGAGAAGUCGAAUUCACGUGGAGCGUGCAAAUGAAAGAAUCAAGAACUACUGUAUUCUAGACCAUAUACCUUCACAAUACAGACAUUUGUCCACAAAGAUUUUUCAAUUAUGUGUGGCACUUGUAAAUUUGCAAUCUCCCCUACUGAAGGAAAUAGCCGAUAAAUAUGAAAUUCCUAAUUAGUGUAAUUCUG